AGAUCGACGGAGCAGCAGAAGAAGAGGAGCGGGCAGCGAGAAAACACACCGCGAUAAAAAGAAGAAGAAGAAGAGACAACGUGGAGAAUGUUUCCUACAUGGCUAUUGGUUGUGCUGGUGGUGGUGGGCGGGGCUAGAGGAGCUGUCAGUCAGUGCUGGGAGCAUCCGAGCUGCCAGGACCUGAGCUCUGAGAGCAGCAUGCUGUUAUGCAUCCAGCUGUGUCACGAUGACCUCACAGCGGAGACCCCCGUCAUCCCUGGCCCCGCCCACCUGCAGCCCCCCCCUCCUUUAGACUCCUCCCCCUCCCCCUCCUCCUCUUCCUCCCCCUCCCCUCUAGAGGCAAAGCGCUCGUACACCAUGGAGCAUUUCCGCUGGGGGAAACCUGUGGGAAGGAAACGACACCCGGUCAAAGUGUUUUCUGAUGACGAUGAGGAAGGGGAGGAGCCUGCGGAGGAGGAGGAGCUGAGGAGGCGGGGCUUAAAGGAGGAAGAAGAAGAGGUGAUGAAGAAGGACGGGUCGUACAAGAUGAAGCACUUCCGAUGGGGCUCUCCUCCCAAAAGGUACGGAGGAUUCAUGAAGAGUUGGGACGAGAGAAACCAGCGUCCGUUGAUCACGCUGUUCAAGAACGUGAUCAAUAAGAGCGCGCAGCAGUGAGGGGGUUUCUCAUUGGCCGAGAGCCUCGUCAGAAGACUAAUCAGUCGACCAAUGGAAAGGCUCGGAUGCUGAACGACUGGAAGAGAAGACGUUUAUUGAUUUCUGUAAAUACCUGUGAAGGAUGUGAGAGAAUAAAGAGAGGUUUGCAAGCAAGAUGAAA